AUGUACGACCGGGAGUAUUCAGUCCAGUCCACCGAGUUUGACAUCGUUGAGCAGGGCCACGUUUCAAUUCGACCUCCAACCGCGGGCAAGGCUUACUUGAGCAGUCCAGUACUGGGAGUUCAGAAUGUGGAGCUUAAGGUAGCACCUAGCUCGCAUCUGGUACUUGAUCUUCUUGACCUCAGCAAGUACAUGUGGCACGUGCGGUUCGGCAAAUCCAAGAAGUCGAGUUUCCUCACAUACUUCUUGCAUUACGAGUACGGGUUUCGUCAAAAGGCCCAGGGAAGCUCUUCAUUAGAAGAGAAACCCGACAAUCUCGUCUUUGCGACGGAUGAUGAGUGGAUGAUCGACGAGAACACAAUGGAGCUGAUCCGCAUCCGCGUGCACAGGAAGAUGAGGAAAGUCAAGUACGACCCAAAUAAUCGACGCACGCCCGUUCCGUUGGAGUUUCUGGUCACCGCUAGGAAAACGAUCAUGGAGUUUGCCAAGGUAUCGAGAGUAGAACUUCUGUUUCGGCUAAGUCUCGGGGAUCCUGCUCGUUCGAAGGAGCCACCGGAAGCUUCCCUCCUGGGAAGGCUCCCGAAGAUGACCCGGAUCUUCAUGAGUACGCUCCUUCGGAGCCAGGAGAACUUCUCCCAGAGCAAGAAGGAGGAUUGCGCUUUCAUUGCCUGGACACGAGGUGUCACCGGAGAGGUACCCACUGGCAGCAAAGAGGUUCGCCAGAACACCAUGCCGCCGACUCGUCUUUCCCUGCAAAAGGAUGAAAUCAAGGAGGCGGCCUUGAGGUCUACUGCCACAGAGGGUACCACUCCGUAUGCCUACGAGGCAGGGGCCUUAGACGACCUGAUUGCCCAGCUGCUCUGGCGACCACGCAUAUUGGAGAUCUGGUCUAUCUUUUCUUUCAUGGGCGACGGCGCGCCUGCGGCUGAUUUUGACUUCGACACAGAUUCUGUGUCUACUGCUGAUACUCAGAAUUCCAGCAUUGUCGACGAGCUUUGGUGCGUUCUUCAGCCGUCCAUUUUCUGCGAAGUGCUGACUUUUCUUGAACCAGCUGCGAUCUCAGCCCUGGCGGCCUCGUCUUUUGAAUAUUCUGAACAUUUGCUGCUAGCGCUUUUGUGGCUGGCUCUGCGGAUAGUCACCGACUUCCUGUGCUCGUCGGGCAUCAGCGCCGAGAUGUCUAACGGGCCGGGAUCGCCUGAGUCUGCGGGGGGAAUUUCGGCAUGCUCGCCCGAGCCCUUUGGUGACUACGACGGGUCUUGGGCUAAGCCUUCGAGCACUCCCUUGCCUGUGCUGGGUUCUGACUUGCUUAUUGACCCUUUGCCCCAUGCAUCUGGUUCUUCGGGCCAGCCUGUCUCGGACACUGAUUUCAGUCAUGGGCAGAGGAUGUCUUAUGAGAACUUUCUGGCUUCGGCUAUUAGUCGUGGUCUGGCAGAGGACUCGAUGACUAGGAGACCUCUUCGUGCCUUCGUCUCAGCCUGCGAUUUCGGCUCCCGCUUCGUCUUGGCACCCUUCAUCGCGACGAAUCUGAGAUCAGGACCCAACAGCUCCGCAAACUUAGGACGAGGAUAUCGUUGCCGCAGCUUUCGGGAUGCCUUUAUGGGGAAGAGCACGGGGACCUUGAUCAAGAGAGUCUCCUCGCUUUGGAGCUUCUGCUCCUUCCUCAAUGAUCGGGGAGUUCCUCCUUUGGAAUUCCGAGAGGAGCUCUUGUAUGAGUUUCUUAACAAGAUUCGGGAGGCGAACCGUGGGGUGUGGGCCUUAGAGCAGCUCGUGGUCGAGUCCUGCCCCAGCGUGGAUUCCUUGAUAGGAGGUCAGUCCUUCGCUGCCGACUUAUUGCGAGAGGACGAGCACCUUCGGCAGUUUGCCUAUGUCAUCUACGGAAGCUCUGCCGUCGGAGACGUCGACAACAUCACCAGCCACGGCCUCAAAGCUACACUUCUUUCUUGGAUAAGCAAGCUUGGAGGUUGGACGGAGCAGAAUCAGAAACUUAUGGGCCAUCACUUCGACAGGGAGUCACGCUCGGUUCUUAUCUACAGUCGAGACAGCUACACGCCCCUUGCCAUGCAGACUCGGCGUCUUCUUGACAGGAUUCUAGAUGGGACCUUCUCGCCUGAUAGGAGCCGGGCUCGACGCGUAAUGGAGCUGCUGGGGGAAGUCUCAGGUGCCGAGGACGAGAAAGAGCCAGGGGUCUACGCCCCUUCCGAGUCCGGGUCGGACCCCGACCUAGAGGGCAUCGAUCCUUCGACAGAUUUCGCUCCUCACGCGGGAGUGGGUUCCAUCGUGAUCCCUGAGGCCUUAUCGAACGUUCCUCGGGAGCACUUGUAUGUGCACAACAUUUCAGGUAUCAUGCACGCGAGCCUCGACUUGCGAAAACUUUUGUGUGGCCGGGCCCUGAAUGGUCAUUACUCCUGUGUGGUAGAUGUGGCUGCGCAGGAGGGUGAUCUGCAGGCAUGCAAACACUGCAGUGUAGUCUUUUCGAGAGACUGA